GUUCUCUCGGUGGCUGCUCGGUGAUGGGGAGCCACUGGUGGGGACCUUUGUAGGGCCCCCUUCCCUUUGCGGGGUGCUAUGGAGUUCCCAGAGCACAGCCAGCAGCUGCUGCAGAGUCUUCGGGAGCAGCGGUCCCAGGGUUUCCUUUGUGACUGCGCCGUGAUGGUGGGUAGCACCCAGUUCUUGGCCCAUCGGGCUGUGCUGGCCUCCUGCAGCCCAUUCUUCCAGCUUUUCUACAAGGAGCGGGAACUGGACAAGAGGGAUUUGGUGUGUAUCCACAAUGAGAUUGUCACGGCCCCAGCCUUUGGACUGCUUCUGGACUUUAUGUAUGCUGGACAGCUGGCCCUCAGGGGGGAUACCCCUGUGGAAGAUGUCCUGGCAGCAGCCAGCUACCUGCACAUGAAUGACAUCGUUAAGGUGUGUAAGCAGCGGUUGCAGGCCCGGGCCCUGGCAGAGGCUGACAGUACUAAGAAGGAGGAAGAAACCAACUCACAGCCCCCAAAUUUGGAGUUUUUGCCCAGCACCUCCCGUGGUCCCCAGCCUUCGCUGGCAGCUGCUGAGACAUCAAGCCACUGGAGCAAAGGGGAAUGGAAAGGCCCUGCUGCCCCCUCACUUACUGUCCGUCCUCCAGAUGAGCCACUAAUGCUUGGUGGUGCUGACACUACACAGCCUGGCAUGGAAGUUGAUUCACCACGUCUGCGGGCACCUCCCUCACAAGUGGCUGAUGCCUCUCUUGCCAGCCCCAGUAGCUCCACAGAGACCAUAACUGCAAAUUACUUCUCAGCAGUUUCAGCAGAGCCCCUGGCUCCCCUUGAUGUGGGUCCUGAGAGUCUGAGAGUGGUGGAACCAAGGGUUCCUGGAGGACCGUUGCAAGGCUUCUAUCCCCCAGCUCCAGCCCCAGCCCCAGCCCCAGUUCCAUCCCAGGUUCAAGCCCCAGCAGAAGCUGAGCUGGUCCAGGUGAAAGUAGAAGCUAUCGUGAUCUCGGAUGAAGAGGCAGAAGUGUCAGAUGAACAGCCUCGGAGUUCCGAGGGACUGUUCCCACCUGCAGGAGCGAUCUAUGGGGGGCGGUCCCACCAGCCAGAGACUUUUGAGGAGCCAGGGGCAACAGGACUGGAGGAGUUAGGGGCAAGUGACCACUUCCUGCCCCCAGAUCCUCACCUACCCUACCAUCUGCUGCCAGGUCCAGGGCAGUAUCACCGAGGACUGGUGACCUCACCUUUGCCUGCUCCUCCUGCCCUGCAUGAGCCACUCUACCUGCCUUCUGAGUACGAAGCAGCCCCAGGAAGCUUUGGAGUCUUCACGGAGGACGUUCCCACCUGCAAGACAUGUGGGAAGACCUUCUCGUGCUCUUACACGCUGCGGCGACACGCCACAGUGCACACACGUGAGCGACCCUACGAGUGCCGCUACUGCCUGCGCAGCUACACACAAUCAGGGGACCUCUAUCGCCACAUCCGCAAGGCCCACAAUGAGGACCUGGCCAAACGGAGCAAACCGGAUCCAGAGGCUGGCCCUCUCCUAGGGGUGCAGCCCCUCCCCGGCUCCCCGACAGCAGACAGACAGAGCAGCAGUGGCAGUGGGCCACCCAAAGAUUUUGGAGUUGGUCCCAAAAACUAACAUCUAGGAGAAUGUGAGCUAAUGCCAGGUCUGCUCUUGCCAGCAUUAGGGGCCAGCACAGAUGGUUGGAAGCGUGUCCUCUUUACCCCUGGCUGGAGUGAUAGGCUGCGGAUUCUUGCUUUCUCCCUCUCCCUCUAGCCAGACAGCAGGACCUUAUGGGCCAGGUAUAUCGGUCAACUUCUUUCCAAGGGCAUUGGAAUUCUCCUGAGGCAGAACCACUUCUCACUCUACAUGCUGGACCGUAACACUAACAGUGAAAGUGUUUCUCUGAACUGGUGUUGGCUGGUUUCUUCCACAAGCCUGCAUGCCUCCUGAUUCCUUCAUAUUUCUUCAGACCUUUUAGGAAUAGGACCUUGAUACUUGGGGUCAUGCUCAUGAGCUGUAACUUAAGUUUUCAGACAACCACCCUUUCCUCCCCAACAUUAGAAAUGUAUUUCUAGUUUAGGAUUUUCUUUUCUUAAUUUUGUAAGCAUAUAUCUUCAUCCAGUGUCUAAUGCCCCAUCAAUCGCCAGACAUUUGGCCAAGCCAACUUCACAAUUGGAUUUUGGGUUGAAUUAGAAAUCAGCCGUUCACAUUGGGUUUUUUUAAUCUCUGCUAUAUUUUCUUAAAAUAUUUUUUAUUGUGAAAUUUGACAUGUAUACAUAACAGUGAUAACUUCCAAAGUAUGAUUUAACAAGU